AAAGUGUUUUUCGUUCGUUUUAGAUUACAGAUUACAGGCUCCUUAGCACGCACCCGCCCAUCACCCACCAGUCCAAUCCUCCAUGGCGGAAGCAGUCUCUCGCUCUUUUCAAGCUCUCGCUUAAACAAGCGGGGCCUUCUCUUGAUUCCAGUUUCAAAAAGAAAACUUGAAGAAAGGGAAGAUUUUUAUCAUAGUCUUGGUUUAGAUGGCUUGUGACUAAUAGGUUAAACAAGAAUCGUUACUGAGUACGGGAAGUACAACAAGUUGCUGAAGAUCUUGAGUUAAUAAGGAGUGUAUUUUCUUUUUUAAUGGCUGGGAUAUGUUGCGAAGUGGUGAGUGACGGUGAAGCAUCGACUCAGAGUGAAGGGAGUUCGAGAGAGGCUAGGCGGAGGAGAAUGGAGAUCAGACGGCUUAAAUUCGUGACAAAUGUUGCUCCGGCCUCGCCCGAGACUGAGGAAAGUAAUAAACGCCGGAAAAUAGAAGUUCACACGGCAUCAUUACCUGCUUCUCGCGGGGACAACUGUGAGGAUACGGUUGUGGAAAACCAAGAUAAAAGAAUCGAACUAAAGGUUGAAAAUGGAAAAUCGGAGGGUAAAGAAAUUAUAAAUUCGAGCAAGUCUUUGAAUCUGUUUCGAAGUCGUUCCAUUUCAUCACCUGCCAUAGAUCCAGACUUCUUUCCUAAGUACGGUGUUGCUUCCGUGUGUGGAAGGAGAAGAGAUAUGGAAGAUGCAGUGACAAUUUGCCCAUCUUUCUGUAGCGUGGGCAAAAAAUCUACCACCGAUUUGCACUAUUUUGGCGUCUACGAUGGCCACGGUUGCUCUCACGUGGCGUUCAGGUGCAAGGAGAGAUUGCAUAAGCUGGUGGAGGAGGAAUUGCAGGAGAGCAAGGAAGCAAUAGCAGUGACAGCUGCUGCAAAAUGGAAAACGGCGAUGGUGAGGAGUUUCUGGCGGAUGGACAGGGAGGUGAUAGCUUGGAAUAAAGGGGUCGUUGGUGCUAGUUGUAGGUGUGAGAUGCAAACCCCAGAAUGCGACGCUGUUGGAUCUACCGCCGUGGUUGCAAUCGUCACACCUGUUGAGAUCAUCGUAGCCAACUGCGGAGAUUCUAGAGCCGUCUUGUGCCGUAACGGCAAAUCCAUCCCCCUCUCUACUGAUCACAAGCCGGACCGUCCAGAUGAGUUGAAGCGAAUACAAGCCGCCGGUGGGCGUGUAAUAUACUGGGACGGGCCGCGGGUUCUUGGAGUUCUGGCGAUGUCUCGAGCCAUAGGUGAUAACUAUCUAAAGCCUUACGUGAGCUGCGAGCCGGAGGUGACGAUAACGGAACGGACGGUGGAGGACGAUUGCUUGAUAAUAGCCAGCGACGGGCUUUGGGACGUGGUGUCGAACGAGACAGCAUGUGGGGUGGCGCGUAUGUGUUUGAGAGGGAUAGUGCCGGGGCCGCAGUUGUGUUCUCCGGCAGAGAAUGAGGUGGUGGGCUGUGGUAGUGGCAUCAGCAGCGGUUGCGGGGAAAUGUCGGACCAGGCAUGCUGGGAUGCGUCGAUGUUGCUGACGAAGUUGGCUCUGGCCAGGCACACUGCUGACAAUGUGAGCGUGGUUGUGGUGGAUCUUAGGAAAGGCACGUAGCCAUGACCUUAUAUUUUCUUUUUCUUUUUCUUUUUGAAUCCUUGAAAUGUUUGGGUAGAGACGGUCGCGUGUAGGCUUUCAUUUACGGAUGAUGAAGGAAAAGUGCAAAGAAAUGGGGGAUGGAAAUGAAAUUUGGAGUAAGGAGAGUGAAAAGCUUCUUGUCCGCCUCUCAAUGAAAAUCAGUUUUUUCA